AUGACGCAUCCUACUGUACCUGUCCAACUGCUCGUCUUUGCCAAGCGAAAGGAGGAUCUCACAAAGCAAGAGUUUGACGACUACUGGCGAGGUCCUCAUGCGAAGAAAUUCCUCGAGUUUGAGAUUGUGAAGAAGCAUUGUAUCAGAUACGAACAAUACCAUGACGACCCCACCGCACGAGCCGAUGGCGAGAGCGCACUUGGACUUUCACAUUCUGGAUGGGACGGAGUAGCCUCAUUGACAUUUGACUCCGCCGAAGGAGCCAAGGCUGUUUUCAGUGAUCCUGAAUUUCUUGAUUGGGCAACGAACGACGAGCCGCGCUUCUGUGCUGGUCCAAAUAUCGCGCAGCGAAUGAUGCUUGUUGGUCGCCCUGAGGUUAUUUAUAGUGCUUAG